AUGGAGAGUGAAAGAUUGAUCCUUACGGAGUCCGGAGUCCGGAGUAUAUAUAUGUUUAAAAACCGAAAUAGACCGUCUGAGCAACACCGAGACCACGGUUCUCCGUAUUACGGGGGCAAGGGCAUUCUGAUUGAUACUGCGUACACAUCGAACCGGGAGGUGGUUCUGGUGGUCUGGUUGGGGCUAAAGCGGGUGGAUCCUACAUCCGUCUGCUGGAUCAGCAAACUGGAGGUCCCAAUUGCGGCCAGGGACUGGGCCGAUGCGUAUGCACGAGGCCCCGUAAAUUCAAAGGAGGUUUUUCUUUCCAUUUCGCUGGCCGCUCACCGAAAGAUCAAACGGCGCAAGCAGGGGUACCUGAACCCAGAACUAUCCAGAACAAAUUACUAUAAAGUAAAGUAUGGGGAAAUGGCAGAUACUGCGAGUCAAAUACUCACGAGAAUGGCUUCCGAGGAUCCCCAACGCCGCCAAUCCCGGCUGACAGGAUGGGUCUUGGGCCGACCCGCUUUUUCUUACGGCGGCUCCACCGAAUCUCAACAAAGUCCGCUGGCUGCAGCAUCGCAACCCGCUAAGCCCCUUGUAUUGCCCGAGCUCGGCCCUGAUCGUACUCUGUAUCAUCUGUAUCAAGGCGGUUUUGGGUGGUUUUUGGUUUUUACUGUGGCUUCAGUUGAUCAUUCCAUCCCAAUCCUCACUCCAUCUUCGGACCCCAAAAAAUUUGCUUCGUCGAAACUUCUCCUCCCCUCCCCCCUCCCCCCCUCCCUCUUUCCUUCCUAGUACCCUCCUUUCGCCGGCCGUCACUUAUCAUCACCGACUAAUCGGCGCGCUUCUCUUGCAAUACUCCGUUUAGGUUCUUUUUUUUCCUUCCCGCUUUGUUUCUUCUUUUCCUCCUCGUCCUCCCCUCCUCCCAUUCUCCCCCUCUUACUCUUUACUUCCACUCCAUUUUAUUCUUGCUCCCUCCUUUUGGUUGGUGAUUUCUUCCAGACCUUCCAAAAAUUCAAACACUCCAAUCCCUUUCUCCUUCUCCCUCUUUCUCUCUAUCUCCCUCUACAUACAUCUUCCUCUAGGUAUACCUCUCAUUCAUACCGGGAUUCACCUUCCCACCUCCACAAACCAU